GAAUUGGAACGGGAAGAAGAUGCCGCUGCUAUUUACGGGCUUCAACGCAUUUGGCCAGCAUGAAUGUAUCAGCAGAGACGUCGACUGCGCAGCCGGCUUCAGCGAAAUAAAUGCGCCGGUCUCGACUCAGAACCAGUGCACGAUUUCGAUCGGUUUUCGGUAUGCGGCCCUCGCCUUUGGCAGGAAGUUGUGGCUGCGUGGGCUAUUGGAUGAUGGCCCAAAUGAGUGCGUGACCCUCAAGGCGGCGGGGGACAUUAAAGCCCUGGCCGCUGGCGAUUCCCACUGCCUGGUGCUACUAGAAAGCGGUCAACUGUAUCGGGUGCAACCCAAACUGCAAGCGGAACUACUAGUUGUCAGACUAGAAGCUCCACCCCGAUCCAAUUCGGGAACAAAGCGCUCUUUUUUUGGGGCUCCCAAGGCGCCCUCAUCGCCGAUCAUCGAGCACAUUGCCUGCGGAUCACAUAUAAACGUAGCGGUCAGCUCGGAAAACGCCGUGUUCAGCAUUCCCAGCUGCCUGCACCAGUUUGCCGAGCGCCAGUUCCGGGUGAAGCAGCUCCAAUGUGGCCAUGAACACGCCGUGCUCCUCAAUGUCAAUGGUGAUGUAUUCACCUGGGGAAAUGGACUGCGCGGACAGUUGGGUCAGCCCGUGCUCAAAGUGGAGGAGACGCCACAAUUGAUGGAAGCGCUGGCGGGGAUUAAGAUAACUCAAAUAGCAGCCGGUGGUUGGCACAGUGCGGCCAUAUCCGCCUUCGGAGACCUCUACACCUGGGGCCUCAACUGCAGUGGCCAGCUGGGCAUGCGUGUGAUGAAACCAGGCGGCUUCCUAAAAGAGCCCACUGUUUAUCCGCUGCCGCAGUUGCAAGAUCUGCCCGAAUGUGGUUGCUCCAAAGAGGCAAAGAGCAAUGAACAUGAUGAUGAUGACUGUGCACCGCUGAGGGUGUUCGCUGGAUCUCGUCACACUUUGCUGACCCGGCGGUGCGGGCGGCUAUGGGCCAGUGGUUGGUGCCAGCACGGUCAGUUGGGAACGCAGCUCCAAAACCGGUCUUAUAUGGACGCAUUUCAGGCCCUUGAUGGAAUCAGGUUGAACACUUGCUCCGAUGAUGUUCUCUGCGGUCCUUGGUCAACGCUGCUCUCUUUGAAAGGAUCAGGGAAUUGAAAAAUAAAACAGGCUGUGAAUCCUAAAUGGAAAUUGGUAUUGAAAAGGCCACAAAACAUAAUUAACUUAAUAUUUUACAAAGUUAAGAGGCUUAUCUGCAGCCAUUUACCCUCCGUAAUUUAUUUGCAGCUGGUUCUUGUUGCCAAAUAAGCCCUUUCAGUUCUAUGAAAUCGUACGCCUUGAUGGCUUCUGCUCUGCUUUGAUUCCGGCUGCCUUUCAAUUGUCACCGACGAAGAUCCGCCAGUCAACGCCAACUUACCACAAAAUCUGCUGCGAAAGGGGCAGAAGCAGGAGGCCUGUUUCGGAUUGGUGGCGUCUUGAGGCAAAUGGUUAGAUGGUUAGAUGGCUACAGCCAGAAGACCCAAAGCUUUCAUAGACGAAAUAUGAGGCGCAACCGAAAUGGCAAACGAAGCCGGGUCGGAACCAGUAGACCAAUCUUCUGCUUUUGCUCCCUACUGCCCCAUUCCCCUCCACGCUCAUUUUGCAUAUGGGUAAUUUGAGAACAUUUGCGCUUUAACUGCAUGGGAAAAAACAAAAAUAAAAGAAAGAGUGCAGCCGGCAAAAAAAGAGAUCCAGCAAGAAAAAUAUGUGCACAUGUGUCGCCUGCUUUGGCCUGGCCUGGAUAUCGACAGUGGGACUUCGUUAAAUCGUAUUUCAAAUAACUUAA